AUGAGCUCACAAACGCUCGAGAACAGGGCAGCUGAGGACCGGAGGAAACAACCGAAAGAUCGAAGAUACAAUUCUACAGUGAUCGCGGCGGCGGUCAGACAUCCACGGGGCAAAUUCAAAACCCGACCGUGUCUAUUCUGCAACACUCCGGACCAUAACUCUUCCCGCUGCUCCGCCGACCUAUCAUUGGAUAGGCGAAAGGAGAUCUUGACGAAUCAAAAACGAUGCUUCAAGUGCUUCAGACAGAAUCAUCUGAAUCCUACCGAGUGCGCGGGACCCAGCUUCCCGUGCACGAAAUGCAACUCGACAGACCAUUACGCACCGAUGCACCAGAGAUCGGCAGUCACAAGUGCUGUUAUCGGAGAAACAUCUAGCGGUAUCGACUCUAGCAAUGCACUCUUAUGGACCUCAUCCGCAUACGUUGUAAAUGGCGGACUGAGAAUACCAAUCCGGAUCUUCAUCGAUGGAGGAAGCUCCAUCACCGUGGUCCUGCCAUCGCUGCGCCGAAUGCUCCGAGAGGCCCCCGUUGGGGCCCGUGACCUGAACUUGCAAGCAUUCGCUAGUUCGCACUCAAUCAAAGGGGCUCCGGUGUUCAAUAUCCGUCUAACGGGCCCGCUCGACAAAACAGUGGUUGAGUUUCUCGCCCUCGAACAUGAUUUCGGAGUUCAUCCACCGAACGUCCGGCCUCGUCACGUAUCGGAAGCUAUCAAGAAAUUCGACAGGGAGCACCCGGUUGCAGAUAGAGCCUACAUCGGCGAAUGGAACGAUUCGCCACCUGCUAUCCUCGUUGGCAUGGACCAAAUUCACAAGAUUGUGACACGCUCUCAGCUUCCCGUGACUGUAGUUGACAACAUCGUCGCUCAACACAGCCGAUUCGGAUGGCUGAUCGGCGGUCCUACGUCAGGGGAGGUACGCGUCGGCGCAACGGUCACUACAGCGCAUGUGAUCUGCUGUUCAGCAGCAAUGUCCACCGAUUCUCUCCCAAUCUCUCCAGCAGCGAAAGCGCUCCAGACCCUCUGGAGUCUCGAGUCAGUCGGUAUCGCAGAAGCUCCGUCUUCCCCGCAAUUGUCCGCGGAUGAAGACUCGGCGAUCAGACAAUUCGAGUCAGGACUCACUUAUGAAAACGACCGCUACGUAGUAACAUUUCCGAAGCGUGAGACGAUAUGCCUACUUCCGAACAAUAGGGCGGUCGCGCUCAAGAGGCUGGAACGGAAGCUGUCACAACUCGAACGAGAACCGUCGAAAUAUCAGAGAUACCACGAGGAGAUAAUGAAGUUUGUACACGAGGGCCACGCAUGCGAAGUCGGCCCGAGCGAGUCAACAGGGCCGUCGACGAUCGAUGGAAGCUAUUUCAUGCCCCAUCAUGAGGUCAUCACUGGGUCCGGACCUUGGGAGAAAUGGCGCAUUGUAUUCGACUGCUCCUCUAAGGAUGCGGGUGCUACCUCACUCAACGACCAUCUCCUCCCCGGUCCAAACCUGAAUCCAGAGCUGGUGACUGUGCUCCUGAACUUCCGUCUUCACCCCGUGGCCGUCUCGGCCGAUAUCACCAAAGCCUAUUUGCAGCUGGGUAUCCGCGACGAAGACCGUUCGCUCUUCAAUUUUUUAUGGAGAGCACCAGGUGAACGUCUAGUCAAGGUGUUCCAGAUGACGAAGGUUAUUUGGGGAGCGACGUCCUCGGGAUUUUUGCUGGCCGCUACGGUACGAGAGCACUUAAAACGGAACCCUCCAUUGUGCCAGGAGCUGGGAAACUUCCUGUACGCCGAUGAUUUCCUUCAGAGUUUCAAAAACGACCAGGAAGCAAUCGCAUUCACAGACGACAUGAGGAAGACGCUCGGAACCGCUGGAAUGACAUUGGCCAAAUGGAAAACGAAUUCCAACGCGGUCACAAGCCAUCUUCUCAACACGGGGGUUGACUCCGCCACAUUCGACCGGGGCAACAGCGAUGUACUGAAGGUACUGGGUCUUCUGUGGGAGCCGUCUACAGAUGUUUUCCGCCUCGCUACUUCAAACCUUCGCAAGAACUUCGACCUGAGGACAUCAUUGAGUAAACGAGCUGUCCUCAGUACUGUCGCCUCUCUAUACGACCCGUUGGGGUGGCUGAUGCCAUUCACCAUACGCGGCAAGAUCAUUGUUCAGAGGAUGUGGACCGCAAAUACCGAAUGGAGUCAGACAGUAUCCGAUGAAAUUCGGGGAGACCUCGUCCAGUGGGUGUCCGAGGCGGAGACCUUUGAGCGUUUCGAUUUCCGACGGCGAUACGAUGGAAGUCGCGAGAGUCCAAUCUCCUACCGUCUCCAUCUGUUUGGAGACGCCUCACAACUGGCGUAUGCUUGUGCCGCCUACAUCGAGUGCCGUUUCGCCGAUGGAACAUCGACCUUCUCGCUGGCUAUGUCAAAAUCAAGGCUGGCACCUCGCGAUCAGGUGUCUCUACCUAGACUCGAGCUCCUCGCUGCACUGAUUGCAGUCCGGUUGAAAACAUUCCUAGUGCAGAGAAUGGAGGUUCAGUUCGAGGCCUUUCGCUUCUACACUGACUCUACCAUCGCCUUCCACUGGGCAACUUCUGCGAAGCCUGGCGGUUGGAAAACCUACGUUAGCAAUCGCGUAGCGGAGAUCCAGGCAAGCUCGAAGAGGGAAGACUGGUUCCAUGUCCAGGGAAGCCGAAACGUAUCUGAUCUCGCUACUCGGGGAAUCAGCGCUCAGGUUUUGACCGAGUCCGCGGAGUGGUGGUACGGCCCGACUUGGCUCCGACUCCCGUCAGCGAGCAACCGCUGUCCCAACCAUCAGCUGUCGAUUCUACUUUCAACGAGGACACGAUUGGUUGAAGGACUACACUACACAUUUGAAGAGAAAAAUCCUGUUGUGAUCCCUGGUAAUUCUCGUCUCGCAGUGCUCCUCAUCAUCGAUGCUCACCGAGUUAAUGCGCACUUCGGGGUUUCGACUGUGCUGAAUCAGCUUCGAAGGAGGUUCUGGAUUACUAGAGGCCGGCAAGUGAUCAAGUCAAUCCUUCGACGAUGCGUUGUAUGCCGUAAACGUCACGCGGCGCCUGCAACCCAGAUUGAGGCCCCCCUGCCGCAGUCCAGAACCGAAUUCCGAGCUCCUUUCGGUUCGACUGGAAUCGAUUUUUGCGGACCGUUCCACGUGCGUCACCGGCAAGGCACACAGAAGGCGUACGUCGCCGUCUUCACUUGCAUGGCGAUCCGCGCCAUUCAUCUCGAACUCGUCCCAUGUCAGUCGACCCCGCAGACACAUCUUGCCAUACGGCGCUUCUUGGCAGCGUACCCGGCUUGCACUUGCUUCGUAUCCGACAACGGAGCUUCGUUCGUGAAGGCGGCGACGGAGUUGAAGCGAUUGUUCAGCUCACUUCGAAAUCCCGCUGCCCAGCAAGAGCUAAAUGGUCGAACGAUCGAUUGGAAGUUCAUUUGCCCUCGGUCCCCCUGGCAUGGUGGAUUCUACGAACGCGUCGUCGGCAUUUUCAAGUCCGCCCUGAUCAAGACACUGGGACGAAGCCUCGUCGGCUACGAAGAAUUACGAACCAUCUUGUGUGAAGUCGCAGGAGUUAUCAACGAACGGCCAUUGACGUUCGUUUCUGCAGACCCGGAUGAGCUGACCGCUAUAACACCAGCACAAUUCCUCCGAGGAGGACCCGAUUACCCCUCUUACGCUAGAGUUCUGCCCGUUGAUCGACUGCGAGGCAAUGAGGUAGCAGGCGCUGACGAACUCCGGCGAGGGCUUGCUAGCAGGACCACGUACUUUAAAAGCCUGUCCGUUCGAUGGUUCAGAGAGUACCUCGCGCUUCUGCGGACGGCCAAUACCACACGCGGUUCGCGAUGCGCUCCGAUCGAAAUUGGAGAUGUCUGUUUAGUUAAAAAGAAGACAACACGGCCCGCGUGA